UUUGUGUUGUUGGCGAUUAGUUAAGAGGUUUGUCACCGUUUCAAGCAAACUAGUAAAUAAAUGGAAAUAUAACUGUCUGUAAUGCAAUGUACCUGUUCACCAGUACGUUGAAAUUACUGUUGAAACUGAAAAAGUAGCAGAAUGUUUAUGGAGGAGUGCGUAGCGAUGACUACGUGUUUGUAUUUGUUUUUUUUUUUUUUUUUUUUUUUUUUUCGUAGCUGUUCUCAUAUUUACGUUGUGAAGAAAUAGAACAGAUUUGCUGAUUGAAGAGAGCACUUCUAAUAAAGUGGUGACAAAGUUGUAACCAUGGCUGAAACCCCAUUCAGAGGAAAUGAUGAAGAUGACGAAUCAGACGGUUUUGACGAGUCCAUAUUGAAGGGUCUAGAGGUCGUGGAUACGUGGUAUGAUGACGAUGAGGAGGAGGAGGAGGAGGAGAGGAGAGGCAGUAUGGAACGACAGACUAGCUCCUCGAGGGCUAACAGGGAAGUGGACAGAUUGGGUAGGAACGAAGAGAAAGAGGAAAGAAGACAUAGGGGAAGAGAACACAGCAAGGAGAGUGAGAAGGAAAGAGAGAGAGAAAAAGAGAGGGAGAGAGAAAGGGACAAACGCCUUAGGGAUAGGGAAUCAACAACAGUAAAGGAAAAGUGGUACACGGAAAGGACAAGUAGGGAGGACCCCAGGAAAAGACGACUCGAAGAGGCGGAAAAAGAACUGCUCAAAUUACAGCAGAUAAAUGAACGCAGGGCCAAAGAAGGCCGGCCAUUAGUAAAACUACCUGUGAGUGGUAUAAGGCGCACACUGGAGGAAUUAAAUGAGCGCCGGGCAAAAAUGGGCCUACCAUUAUUAACAGUCCCUUGUGAAGAAACACCACCGAAAAGACAAAUAGCACUGAAAGGCCGGGAUACAAAAGAAGAUUAUGCUGGUGAUCACAAGUAUAAGGGUAGCAAACAAUCUGAGGAAAAUCGCAUAGUAAAAUUAGAGCAUUUGGAUGAAGAUCUCCCUGGCACACGAGCAAAGAAAUUACAACUUGCCAGAUACAACAAAGCUUCAGAACGGUCACGGAAUGUAGCGAGAUCAUCUGGCUCUGAUGACAGAUCACAUAAAUACCAGAAUGAUCCGUAUGCCAGAAUGAAACAGCCAGAAGACAAAUUAACGAGCAGUCAGAAUGUCUGUGUUACACAAGUUUUGAGGAACGCUCCGGGAAGCUACACGACAUCGGUAAUAACAUACAACACGAACAUAACCAAGGGGUCGUCAGUGUCACAGUAUUCGACUGUCGUCCAAACUUCCAUCGACGACGAUCUACCUGUCGUUCCUCCUCCACCACCUAAGCUGGGACCAAUAUCUUUCAAGAUAAGUCAGUCAUCAAAAAGUUCUAAGCCCGCCACAGCCCUGGCGCUCAGUGAAGAAGAAGAAGAAGAAGAAGAAGAAGAUGACGACGACAAAAUUGAAGAAGAUGAUGACGACUUCAAACCUUCUUGUUUAAGUCAACGCUUGUUGGCAGCAACAAAAUCGCACAAAAAUAUGGAGGUCAGCACUUACAAAAGGAUGGACAACAAGAAGAAAGUGUAUACCUCUGAUGCCUCAUUGGAUAGCAUAUCGGAGACAUCAUCGCCAGAAAGGGAUCUUCAGCUGUCCCCCGUCUCAUCAGAUCCAGAAAGGGCCGUGAGUCCAGUUACCCGAACUUCUAAGUUGCGGCACAGGCAAGCAUCACAGUCUUAUGCGAGUGAGGCUGCACCUCCUCACUUCUCCCGCCAGAGACGCAGAGUUCCAGUUUCACGGACUCCGUCACCCCCGGUGAAACGGAAACGCGACAGUCCUGUGGAGACCAAGUUUAGCAUGCGUGCAUCGGCAGCUGCCGCGGGGUACAAAUUGUCUAAGGAGCGCCCUCGUACUGCAUCGAUCUCUCCGGAGCCACACGGCGGUGGGUACGGGUCACCGUCCGGGCGCGGUGCAUCUCCCGCAGAGCACGGAUCACGUCGAAGGCACCGAUCACCUUUCUGGCGUGAGAUACAGCGCACACUUGCUGAAGAACAGGCACUGAAGCGAAAGCAGAUGAAUGAAAUUGCGUCGCACCAUUCUCCGGUGGCAUCCCACCAUUCUCCAGUGCCACCGUCACAACAGACAAUGUACAGCGGAGGACAACCACUGUACCAGCCUGGGUUGCCUCCGUCGGUGCCCGUGCCGCCUCAAGCAGUCGCCGUGCCUCCUCCGCCAGUCUCUGUGGUACCACCCCACCCUCAUCCGCCGGGAGUGGUGAACAGCUACGCACCCCCAGGAAUGCCGCAUACGGGUGCUCCACACCACGGGCAACUUGUCGGAUACCCUGUCCAGACUCCACAGCAGUACAUGCCACCCACGAAUCAUUACUACGAGCAGCCGGCUAAUCAGUGGCAGACACAGCCCUGGACACCACAGGGAAGUUACCCGGUCGGCCCGUCACAGCCGAUUGCAGCACCUGUGGCGCCUCCCCACCCAGCUGUCACCCCCGCUGUGCCGGUCGCUCCCGUAGCCACUCCUGCGCCUGUGACAGCUCCAGCACCAGCUCAGCCAUAUGUACCGCCACAGCCCGUGCCACCCGGAUCUGGAACGUUCAACUUUGUCCCGCCGCCAAAGUCUAAAGCCCAGACGAAGCGCGAGAGGCAACUUGCGGAGUUCCAGUUCGUCCGACCUGCCGUCAAACCGACUGUUGACAAAGGACAGAAGCAGAAUCAGGAUUACCAAGAAGAGCCAGUGUCGAUGGAACGCUAUCUAGUGCUGCAGAGGUGCCAGGAGGCAAUCCGUUCACUACUUGUGGACGAGGGGCUCGACAUGCCGGGCCGCUUCGUGCUGCGUCAACGUAAUAUCCAGCCACUCUACAUCGGAGGCAGGAGUGUCCCGAGUGACCAGUGCUCACCACUUCUGCGUGACUGGCAUGUGCGUCUUCUCAGCUUUACUGCCCCACCUGUGGGGACAGCACGAUACCUUCUGCAGCAGCAGGAAAGAGUUAAGGAGGCGGCAGCACAAGGGUCAUCUGCACCUGAACCCCCACAGACACAACCUGUCACUCCAAAGCCACCUACCCCAGCCUCAAAGCAAUCCCAGGCUCCACCUACACAAAAGCAGACGCAUUUGACUCCUCCUGCCACUAAUAAGCCCUCAGCGAAUUCAACUCCAGACCUUCUAAGAAAGGAACUGCAAGUUAUUAAGGGCCCAGUUGUGGUAAAAGAUCAGGCGAAGGAAAAAGAUCAGGCGAAGGAAAAAGAUCAGGCGAAGGAAAAGGAGGGGUUCGAAAAGAAAGCCCAGGAACCGGAGGCAGACAAGAAACAGGAACAUGUUACGAAGCCAGAGCCUGCAAAAGUGCGGAUACUGAACACCGAACAAAAACUGGAGGAGGAAAAGUGCCCAGUGUGUGUUGAACAUGCUGCUAAGUGGCGUAGGAAUGCGUCAGUAAAUACACCGCGUCAUUUUCUCAAGUCUGCUUCUCGUGAUGCACAGGUGCAGGCAGACUUCAUUCCAGUAGCGGGGGAGGUUGGUGGUGCACCUGUGAAACCAGCUGUCGAGUAUGGCUCUCAACAGACACAGACCAUGGCACGUGUAGGGUCCUUUUCUUGUUUUGGCACCACAACUGAAAGAGUGAUAGAACAGAGGCAAAUGCUACGGAAUCAUCUGCACAAGAGACUUGUGCAGUUGUACCAUGAAAAGGUAAUCGGGUGGACUGAGAUGAUGAUGUUACGGAGUAAAGUGAAGAGCACAGUGCAGUCACUCCUUCCGUUGUCACUUGCAUCGGUUAAAGCAAAGAAAGUGGCUCGUUUACAAAAAUUGGCUGUGAAAAAGAAAAAGAAAGAAGGAAGUACCACGAUUGAAGCUCGAGCUGUUACACAGUCGCGUCUUCCAUUGUCACGUAUAUCUGUUAAGAAAAAGAAGAAAAAUCGAGUGCAGAAUUUGAACUCUGGAAAGAAAAAGAAAAUGGGUAGUUUGCAGAAUUUGAAAGUGCAAGAAGCUGAGAGAAAGCAAAUGAAAUCUUCACCUUUGCAUGGGAGAGAAGAGUUAUUAGAAGAGAUUCAAAGGAGUGCAGAACAGGUUAGAUUAGGUAAGUACAUUGUAAGUAAGACAAACGUGCAUGGUGAGGGCGAAAUGAAUGCAUCUGAUGUAAUGGCCGUAGAUGAUGGCACGGAGGAGGUACAGAAAGGCAUUGAGGCUGCUCCUUAUCCAAAUAUUUGUGCUGCAGUGAAAUCAGCUGACAAAACUGGGGCUACUGCCAAUGAGGUAGGUGCAGGAGAAAUAUUGAGGAGACCAGGAGCUAUAACACCAACUGCUGAAAAUUUUAAUAACACUAACGAAAAUAACACUACUUCACCAGUGGGUGAUAGUAAUCGGAGUCCAGACCCUGAGAAGCAACAAUCUCAACAAGAGGGUGAACGCACUCAAAACAUACAGAAUCUUGUUUCUUCCAAAUUGCCGGAUAAUGUAGAUGAUACAAUGGCUGCUAGAGAAAAGACACAAUUAGAUGACACAGGAAAGGCUAAAGUGAAGACAAAUUCAGGAAGACAUGCAGAGGCAGAGAAAUCCCAAAAAGAGAGGACAGAUGAUGUUCCUCUAAAUGCAAGAACACUUGAGAAUCUGUGCAAACUAGAAGGUCGUAGUUCAAACAGUCCAGUGCAGUGUGUUUCCCCCACAUCACUAAAAGAAGAGGAAAGCAAACCAUUAGUUACAAAAGAGAUAUGUUCAGAGAACUUGGAAAGUACUGAAGUGAGAAAAAAUGUAGAACCAGCAAUAGAAAGAGAAAAGAGUCCUUCAGAAGUGAAGCAAGAGGCAAAAGGCAGUACAAAAGAGGUGGUAACAGUAGACUUGGAAAAUAAAAAUAUGGAAAAAGAUGCAGAACCAUCCAAAAAGAUAGAGAAGCCUCUGUUGAAAGAACAGCAAGAUGGAGAUGACAGUAGAAAAGAGGUGGAAACAAUAGACAAGGAAAAUACGAAGGUGGGAAAAGAUGUAGAUCCACCCAAAGAGAAAGAGAAGCUUCCAUUGAAAGAACAGCAAGAUGGGGAAGAUAUUAGAAAAGAUGUGAUAACAAUAGAUUUGGAAAAUAUGGAGGUGGAAAAAGGUGCAGAACCAUUCAAAGAGAAAGAGAAGCCUAUGUUGAAAGAGCAGAAAGAUGGAGAAGACAGUAGAAGAGAGGGGAAAAAGGUAUACAUGGAAAAUUUGGAAAUGGGAAAAGGUGCAGAAUCAUCUAAAGAAAAAGAAAAGCCUGUGUUGAUAGAACAGCAAAAUGGAGAAGACAGAAAGAAAGAUGUGGUAACAAUAGGCCUUGAAAAUAAGAAUAUGGGAAAAGAUGCAGAACCCUCCAAAGAGGAAGAGAGGCUUGUGUCAAAAGAGCAGGAAUGUGGUGAAAACAGUAAGAAGAAAGAGGUGAUAAUUAUAGAUUUGGAAAGUGAGGAGAUAGGAAAAGGUGCAGAACCACCCAAAGAGAAAGAUAACCAUGUGUUGAGACAGCAGCAAGGUAGUGAAAACCUUAAAAGAGACAAGAGUUCAGAUGAUGUGGAAAGUGCUAAAAUGGACAAAGAUGCAGAGUCAUCUAAAGAGAAAAAGAAAUCGCCUUUCAAAGAAAAGACGGAUGGAGAAGACAGUAUAAAAGAAGUUGUAACAGUAGACUUGGAAGAUACAAAAGUGGAAAAAGAUACACAACCACCCAAAGAGGAAGAGAAGUCUCUGUUGAAAGAGCAGCAAGAUGGCAAAGACAGUAAAAAUAAGGUGAUAACAAUAGAUUUGGAAAGUGGGGAGAUAGGAAAAGAUGCAGAACUAUCCAAAGAGAAAGAGGAACCUAUGCUGAAACAGCAGCAAGAUGGCAAAGACUUUUUAGGCAGGAGUUCAAAUGAUGCAGAAAGUAGUAAGAUGGACAAAUAUGCAGAGUCAUCCAAAGAGAUGGGGAAUUCUGAUUUUAAACGGAAACGAGAGGAAGGUGAAGGAAACAGUAAAAAAUUGUGUUCCUCAGACACAGACAGUACCGAGAUGAAAAAAAAAGCAGAACCACCUAGAGAGAAAUCUUUUUCCAAAGAGAAGCAAGAUGGAGACCAUAAAAAAAUUAUGAGUUCAGAUGUCUCAGAAAAUUCUAAGUUGGGAAAAAAUACAGAGCAAUCUAAAGAGGAGAAGUCAUCUUCAAAAGAGGAGCAAGACAGUGGACGUAAUAAAAAAGACGUGAGUGUAAAGGGCUCAGAUAAUUCUGAGGUGGAAGAAGGUGCCGAGUCACGUAGAAAGAGGGAAAAAUCUCCUAAACGAAAGAGAGAUGAGGCUAGUUCUAGGGAAGGCUCACCUCCUCACAAGGCUAAACGAGCUGGCAGCCCAGCAGGACAAGCGAAGGAUACUGCUUCCGGCAGUCGUGUGCCAAAUACCGAAGGGGACUGGCGUGGGUCUAGCGGUCGUGGAAGGGGUCGAGGCUCCGAAAGUAUAAGGGGCGAUCGUGGAAGGGGCAAAGGUAUGGACGAGAGAGGAUCUGGCAGGUGGAAGGGACGGCCAGAGGAAGAUGAUUUUGGUUCUUCAGGCAGAGGUAGGGGUCGAUACCGCAGUAGCCCCCCUCCGUGGGAGAGGUCGGGGCGAGGCAGUUCGCCUCCGUGGGAGAGGUCAGGGCGAGGCAGUUCUCCUCCGUGGGACAGGUCGGGUCGUGGCAGCCCCCCUACAUGGGACAGGUCAGGUCGUGGCAGCCCCCCUACAUGGGACAGGUCGGGUCGUGGCAGCCCCCCUCCGUGGGACAGGUCAGGACGUGGAAGGAACUUUGACAGUCGUAGGGAACUUGAUAGUGAUUGGCCCAGAGAUCGUGACAGCAGAAGCAGAAAUUAUGAUGGAUCACCUUCUUGGGAUCGUGGUAGAGAUUUUGAUUCUAUGUCGGGGAGGCGGGGAGAUUACCGUGAUGAAUUUGAAAGUCCGUCACUGUCUCGGAGGUCGAGGGGCUACGAUGGCGAUUUUGAAGUUCCUCCAAUGGGGGGAAGGUCGAGUCACUAUGACAGCGACUUCAAUGGUCCUGCCGUGGGGGGAAGGUCGAGGGGUUAUGACGAUGACUUUGGUGGAAGCAGGCGGUACGAUGAUAUGGACAGAGAGUGGGGCCCGAGUAGGGAUUAUGGUGGAGGAAGUGGUGGUGGCUCUUGGAGAGACAGGUAUUAAGCCACAAAAUGUAUUCCUUGAAACUAAAAUUUAGGACACCAUAUUUUGUGUGGUGCUACUUGUAUGUAAUGAUGUCUCAUACAUUGAAUGGCUAUCACAAACUCAUAACAACAGUGAGUGAUAAUGUAGUAGUAUUUGCACCGCACACUCACAAAAUAUUGGUUUCACAUGAGAGUAAGUUUUUGUUUGGUGCUUAUCAAAUGAUAAAUAAAUAAGUGAAGAAUGUGAAAUAUGAUUGUUAUCAAUUUUUCAAUAUAGAGACCUGUAUGCCACUUAACGCAACACAUUCUUGGUGAUGUAGGCAGUAGACAUUCCAUUUUUCACUACAAAUUGUCUUCAUAAUGAUAAAAAAGUAUCAUUAAUAAAGUUGUACAUUCAAAAUUAUUUGCCAGUUUUAGUUUCAAGCUGUUUUAAUUAAUUUUCUAGUUGAGACCAGUGUAUAUUGUGUGUGCAGAUAUUAAAAUCUUUAUUGUUUUUUGUGCAAUGAAUCUGUUUCAUUCAUUUUCUUUCUCUGUCAUUUAAAGGCACAGUAGUACUUUGAUUAUGAUGUUUGUUUAAAUGCAUAAUAUUAGAAAAUUGUUGGCUUGUUCACAUAGCAUUUGAAAUGAGCUAAUCAUAUGUACUUGAAAAUUUGUCAAUGUGGAUUCAAUUUUAUGUGGGCAGAUGCACUGUUGUGAUUUGUAAUAUAUGUAGUUGUAGUGUAUGAUAUCUCAAAAUAAAUAAUUCGUUAAAUGUG